CGGUUGUCUUACAUCAGCCAGGAGAGACUCAGUGAAGGAAGCGAACUGACAAAGAGUGAGCGGGUAAAGGAAAGGGACCUUCAGCUGACGGGAUCUCUCUAAAAUAUUCCUAAACUAUUUUGAACAAAUGAUCUGAAAGGAGAAGGAGAGGAUUUGACAGAGGUUCCAGAUGUUAUUCCAAAUGGCUCAGGUGUUUGGAACAGGUCUUUGCUGUCCUGCUCCUCCGAUUCAGACUUUUCCAUGGCUGGACAUCUGUUUCUUAUCAUGUUUUUAGAGAAAAACUGAAGAAUGAAGAAACUGUCUGAAAGUCUCCUCCACCUGCUCAGCUGUUUCCACCUGCUAGCUGCUGUCACGUCACAGGUCAACCCAGAUGUGUGUCGCUAUCCUCUUGGGAUGUCAGGAGGGCAGAUUCGAGAUGAGGACAUUUCUGCCUCCAGCCAGUGGUCUGAAUCCACAGCUGCUCGCCAUGGCAGGUUGGACUGUGAAGAGGGGGAUGGGGCCUGGUGUCCCGAGACCACGGUGGAACCAGACAACCUAAAGGAGUUCAUCCAGAUUGACCUAAACUUGCUCCACUUCAUCACCCUUGUGGGCACCCAGGGUCGUCACGCAGGGGGCAUGGGAAACGAAUUUGCUCAGAUGUACAUGAUAAAGUACAGUCGUGAUGGCAGCCGCUGGAUCUCAUGGAGAAACAGGCAGGGCAAACAGGUAAUUGAGGGCAAUAGGAACACCUACGACACCGUCCUGAGGGAUCUGGACCCACCCAUCAUUGCUCGCUUUGUUCGCUUCAUGCCGGUCACAGACCACUCCAUGAACGUCUGCAUGAGAGUCGAGCUCUACGGCUGUAAAUGGCUGGACGGUCUUGUUUCGUACAACGCCCCGGCAGGAGAGCAGAUGAAGCUUCCCGCUUUCCCUGUUUUUUUCAACGACUCUGUCUACGAUGGAGCAAUUACACACAUGAUGACUGAAGGGUUGGGCCAGUUGUCUGAUGGAGUGAUGGGUCUGGAUGAUUUUACACAAAGUCAUGUCUACCAGGCUUGGCCAGGAUAUGACUAUGUGGGCUGGAACAACGAGAGCUUUCCCAGUGGAUUUGUUGAAAUUAUGUUUGAGUUUGACCGCCCUCGAAAUUUUACCACUAUGAAGGUCCAUUGCAACAACAUGUUCUCCCAGCAUAUCAAGAUCUUCAGACAGGUAGUGUGCUACUUCAGAUCUGAUUCAGACUGGGAGUCCACGGUGCUCUCCUUUAGCCCAGUGGUGGAUGAGAACGACCCAAGUGCCCGCUUUAUCACCGUCGAGUUGACCAAUCGGAUGGCAAAUGCUAUUAAGUGCCAGUUCUACUUUAAAGAUGCAUGGAUGCUGUUCAGUGAGAUCACUUUUCAGUCAGACAGAGCCAUGUACAACACAACACUGGUUCCACCCACAAUUGGGCCUCCAACCAACACACCACCAGAAGAUGACCCAACCCAUAAAAUAGAUGACAGCAACACCCGGAUUUUAAUUGGUUGUUUAGUAGCCAUAAUCUUCAUCCUCUUGGCCAUUAUUAUCAUUAUCUUGUGGAGGCAAGUGUGGCAGAAGUUGAUGGAAAAGGCCUCCCGUCGGAUGCUGGAUGAUGAACUUACUGCAAGUUUAUCAAUUCAAACUGAGGUGUUUGGCCAUAACCACAGCCAGUCACGUGUGACUAAUGAACAAGAGUCUAAUGCUGCCUACGAACGCAUAUUCCCUCUUGGGCCAGACUACCAGGAGCCGUCACGCCUCAUAAAUAAGCUGCCAGAGUUUGCACAGAGCUCAGAAGAACCUGCUUCAACCAGCACGGCCAGCUCUAAAUCCACCACAACUACUGCAUUGGUCCAAGAUGGUGCACCUCACUAUGCAGAAGCAGACAUAGUCAACUUGCAAGGCGUGACUGGAAGCAACACCUAUGCCAUCCCAGCAGUGACCUUGGACUUGCUGUCAGGAAAGGAUGUUGCUGUGGAGGAGUUCCCUCGGAAGCUGCUUACAUUCAAAGAAAAGCUUGGAGAAGGACAGUUUGGGGAGGUGCAUCUGUGUGAAGCAGAGGGAAUGCAGGAGUUUCUGCAUGAAGAGUAUUUGUUUGACAUCCCGGAAGAUCAGCCCGUCUUAGUGGCUGUAAAGAUGCUCCGUUCAGAUGCCAAUGGGAAUGCAAGGAAUGACUUCCUGAAAGAAAUCAAGAUCAUGUCACGUCUAAAGGACCCCAACAUCAUCAGGCUGCUGGCUGUGUGCAUCUAUAGCAACCCACUGUGUAUGAUCACAGAGUACAUGGAGAACGGAGACCUCAAUCAGUUUCUGUCCCGCCAUGAGCCUGAGGGCCAACUUGCUCUGCUCAGUAACACAGCUACUGUCAGCUUCAGUAAUCUGUGCUACAUGGCUACUCAGAUCGCUUCUGGGAUGAAGUACCUGUCCUCUCUGAAUUUUGUCCAUCGAGACUUAGCCACACGGAACUGCUUGGUGGGCAAGAACUACACAAUAAAGAUAGCUGACUUUGGUAUGAGCCGAAACUUGUACAGCGGUGAUUACUAUCGCAUCCAGGGGAGAGCAGUGCUGCCUAUACGCUGGAUGUCAUGGGAGAGCAUCCUGCUGGGAAAGUUUACCACAGCGAGUGACGUAUGGGCCUUUGGAGUGACGCUGUGGGAGAUCCUAAACUUCUGCAAGGAGCAGCCUUACUCUCAGCUCACAGAUGAGCAGGUUAUAGAAAACACAGGGGAGUUUUUUAGAGACCAGAAACGACAGAUUUAUCUGCCUCAACCUGUGCUGUGCUCAGACUCGCUGUACAAGAUAAUGCUGACCUGCUGGAGACGGAAUGCAAAGGAGCGACCUUCUUUCCAGGAAAUACACAGACGCCUAUCGGAUUUAGAGUCCUAGGCUAGAGCUGUGAUGGAGACAGUCCAUUCCCAGGCUGCACAUCCCUGGAAGAAGCAGUGUCUGAUAGGAGUCACAGGCACAACCCAGAUUUAAGCUGUCUUGUCUGAGCUGAGAGAAGGGGUCGGGAAGGUGAGCACCUGUGGGUUCCAGUGUAACACACUAGGAAGUUUAACUACAUGUGAUGUGUUUUGGCUUGAUUGCCUUUGGCACACAUUUUUUCCAAGGAACAAAAGAGAUUAUUGCAAGUAAAUGCCUUCUCUGUUGUAGAACUGGAAAUUUCAACUGUGUGAACAGGAAAACAAAUAUUAAUGUAGCAAAACAAAAACAUUUGGCACUUUUGAAAACUUUGUUGGGUGUUAGGGACAAAUGCAUACUCGUGAGUGAUGAUUGAAGAUCUUUUAUUUUGAAGGACUGUUUGAAUGUAGGAAAAACAGACAUCAAAUGAUACAUUUUUUGAAAAACAAUUAAUUUUCUAAUAUCAUCUCAUUUUCAAGCUAAUUUCACAUCAUUAGAGUAGCAAGUUACUCAUAGAAUAAUAAGUUUUCUCUGUCUGCUCACAUCCGUAUUGCACAGGGAACUUAUUAAAGUGUGACUAUUCAUUUUUAUUUUGUUUGAUAUUUAUAUGUUAAUGUGUGCCUUGUUUAUGUUUUGUUGACAUAUAUGUACAAUCACGUUCAUCUUUUUAUUCAGUAAUGUAAUACAUCCAGGUUCAAUUUAUUUAAAAUAAGAUUUUUUUUCUACUUCAAACUUUUAUGAAUAGUCUUUUGUAGUGUUAAGGAACAUUUUCCCUGUUGUGCAGGGAAGAUUGUCUAAAGUUCUCCAAAAAGAAAAAGAUGAUACAACUAAUCUUUGACGCCAAAGUCUUUAGAAAGCAUUGUGUUUAGCUUAGCCACUUGCUGUGUUCAUGUUUGUCACUGUAAGCUCUUGAUUACUUGUUAUCCAGUUUGUGAUAUUUCUUUUUCUGUCAGGGUCUUCCUGAGACAGCCUUGAUUUUACCAAGACGUCAGUGAUGUUUCUGAAAAUAACAGCAGUGAAAUUUAUAUUUAUACUACUAAGGAAAACAUUAGAAAAGGCUGUGUGUUGUGUUGAUUCAAAUCUUUAGGUCAGAAUGACUGAAAAGUUUUCCUUGUGUUAUGGAUUUUGUGAUUUUAUUAGUUCUUAAAUGAACAUGAAAUAUUUUUUUUCACACAAUGCAUUCCUCUGAGAAGAGUGAACCAAAUAUGUUUCAUUUUAAUGAUUCUGGUUCUUAUUUAAAAUGAAAUGUUGGACGGUUGGUUUUAAUGUAACACAUCCACAGUUUUCAAUUUUCAGCAUUCGCAUGUAUUUUUAAUUAUAGUUGUUCUCAUUUUGGAAAUUACUCAGAACAAAAAAUAUCUGUAUUUUUGUUGUGUUUUUAAACCUAGACCAUCUCAUAAAUCAAAGAAUAUUAUGGAUGCCCUAUAAAAAGCUGUCUACAAUAAACAAAAGCUAAAAAAUUAUUUAAGAAUUUUUUUCAAUAUUUUCUGCUUUUUAUUUUAGUGUUGUUAGUUUUGUUGUGCCACUUCUCUUUUGUUAUUAAAUAGUGUUAUUCACAAUAAAUAUUUUUAUGAAUAUUUUCUGUAAACCUUGUUAAGCCUUGAUUAGAAAAAAAAUAAAUAAAACUCAAACUGAAAACUGG